GACGAGUUAAUGGGUGCAGCACACCAACAUGGCACAUGUAUACAUAUGUAACAAACCUGCACAUUGUGCACAUGUACCGUAGAACUUAAAGUAUAAUUAGAAAAUAUAUAUAAAGAGAGAAACAUCUUUGAUCCCAGAUGAAACACUGAAGCAGAGAUUUCUAGGCUUCAGCUCAAGAGCCACAGGGAAGGUGGGACUUGAAGGGUGGCUAGUUACAGGCCUUUUCCACAGCUGGAGGAGACUCUUCCCUGAUUUGCACUUGCCAGCUGGUCUCUGGGCCAGCUGUGCCAGCUUCACCUAGAGGUCUUGUUGGAAAUAGCUCCGGUGUCUAUUUUUCACAAACAGCCCAGUGAUAACCAGGGCGCUGGGUUUGGGAACAAGAGUGCUAACCAGAGACCCCAAGAGUCUCUUGGAGAGGGACUGAGCUGCCUCCUGCCUGGGGAAAUUAAGCUCCAGUCACUUCCUGGAGCAUGUCAAACUCCACCUCCAGCAGGCCAUCCAGCCUGAGUCCUCUGCAGAGCAGGCAGCUCCACCCUCCCAACUCAGUGCUGCCUGUCACACCUGAGCCAGCAGUUUGUGCAACCAGAGGAGCGCAGGCAGGGUUCCCUGCUGGGGCCCGGGCUGCCCAGCCAUGCUUUGGGCACUCCGGCCAAGGUGGCUGGCAGACAAGAUGCUGCCCCUCCUGGGGGCAGUGCUGCUUCAGAAGAGAGAGAAGAGGGGCCCUCUGUGGAGGCACUGGCGGCGGGAAACCUACCCAUACUAUGACCUCCAGGUGAAGGUGCUGAGGGCCACAAACAUCCGGGGCACAGACCUGCUGUCCAAAGCCGACUGCUAUGUGCAACUGUGGCUGCCCACGGCGUCCCCAAGCCCUGCCCAGACUAGGAUAGUGGCCAACUGCAGUGACCCCGAGUGGAAUGAGACCUUCCACUACCAGAUCCAUGGUGCUGUGAAGAACGUCCUGGAGCUCACCCUGUAUGACAAGGACAUCCUGGGCAGCGACCAGCUCUCUCUGCUCCUGUUUGACCUGAGAAGCCUCAAGUGUGGCCAACCUCACAAACACACCUUCCCACUCAACCACCAGGAUUCACAAGAGCUGCAGGUGGAAUUUGUUCUGGAGAAGAGCCAGGUGCCUGCAUCUGAAGUCAUCACCAACGGGGUUCUGGUGGCUCACCCCUGUCUGAGAAUCCAGGGCACACUCCGGGGAGAUGGGACAGCCCCACGGGGAGAGUACGGCUCUAGGCAGCUCCAGCUGGCAGUGCCUGGGGCCUACGAGAAGCCACAGCUCUUGCCCCUGCAGCCUCCCACAGAGCCAGGCCUCCCACCCACCUUUACCUUCCACGUGAACCCAGUGCUGAGCUCCAGGCUACACGUGGAGCUGAUGGAGCUGCUGGCGGCUGUGCAGAGUGGCCCCAGCGCGGAGCUGGAGGCUCAGACCAGCAAGCUGGGCGAGGGGGGCAUCCUGCUCUCCUCUCUGCCCCUAGGCCAGGAGGAACAGUGUUCUGUGGCCCUGGGGGAGGGCCAGGAGGUGGCUCUGAGCAUGAAGGUGGAAAUGAGCUCCGGGGACCUAGACCUACGCCUUGGCUUUGACCUCUGUGACGGGGAGCAGAAGUUUCUGGACAGGAGGAAGCAGGUCGUGUCCAAGGCCCUGCAGCAAGUGCUGGGAUUGAGUGAGGCUCCGGACAGUGGCCAGGUGCCUGUAGUGGCUGUGUUGGGUUCCGGGGGUGGAACCCGAGCCAUGUCUUCUCUGUACGGCAGCCUGGCAGGGUUGCAGGAGCUCGGCCUUCUAGACACUGUGACCUACCUGAGUGGGGUCUCUGGGUCUACCUGGUGCAUCUCCACACUCUACAGGGACCCAGCCUGGUCCCAGGUGGCCUUGCAGGGCCCCAUUGAGCGUGCCCAGGUUCACGUCUGCAGCAGUAAGAUGGGAGCUUUGUCCACGGAGCGGCUACAGUACUACACUCAGGAACUGGGGGUCCGGGAGCACAGUGGCCACAGCGUGUCCCUCAUCGACCUCUGGGGCCUCCUUGUUGAGUAUUUCCUGUACCAGGAGGAGAACCCUGCCAAGCUGUCUGACCAACAGGAGGCAGUCCGCCAGGGUCAGAACCCUUACCCCAUUUACACCAGCGUCAACGUCCGCACCAACUUGAGUGGAGAAGAUUUUGCAGAGUGGUGCGAGUUCACGCCCUAUGAGGUAGGCUUCCCCAAGUACGGGGCUUAUGUUCCCACCGAGCUCUUCGGCUCAGAACUCUUCAUGGGACGAUUGCUGCAGCUCCAGCCUGAACCCCGGAUCUGUUACCUGCAAGGUAUGUGGGGCAGCGCCUUUGCCACCAGCCUGGAUGAGAUCUUCCUAAAGACCGCCGGCUCGGGCCUCAGCUUCCUGGAGUGGUACAGAGGCAGUGUGAAUAUCACAGACGACUGCCAGAAGCCUCAGCUGCACAACCCCUCGAGGCUGCGAACGAGGCUCCUCACCCCACAGGGGCCCUUCUCCCAGGCUGUGCUGGACAUAUUCACCUCCCGCUUCACUUCCGCCCAGAGCUUUAACUUCACCCAGGGUCUCUGCUUGCACAAGGACUAUGUGGCUGGCAGGGAGUUCGUGGCCUGGAAAGACACACACCCGGACGCCUUCCCCAACCAGCUCACCCCCAUGCAGGACUGCCUGUACCUGGUGGACGGAGGCUUUGCCAUCAACUCUCCGUUCCCACUGGCUCUGCUGCCUCAGAGAGCAGUGGACCUCAUUCUGUCCUUUGACUAUUCCUUGGAAGCCCCUUUUGAGGUCUUGAAGAUGACAGAGAAGUACUGCCUGGACCGAGGAAUCCCCUUCCCUAGCAUCGAGGUGGGCCCUGAGGACAUGGAGGAGGCCCGUGAGUGCUAUCUGUUUGCCAAGGCUGAGGACCCCCGCUCCCCCAUUGUGCUGCACUUCCCCCUUGUUAACCGUACCUUCCGCACACACCUGGCCCCAGGUGUGGAGCGACAAACAGCUGAGGAGAAGGCCUUUGGGGACUUUGUCAUCAACAGGCCAGACACCCCCUAUGGCAUGAUGAACUUCACCUAUGAGCCCCAGGACUUUGAUCGGCUGGUGGCCCUCAGUCGAUACAACAUCCUGAACAAUGUGGAGACCUUGAAGUGUGCCCUCCAGCUGGCUCUGGACCGGCACCAGGCUCGGGAGAGGGCAGGGGGCUGACCAAGGCAGGAGGCGGAGGACUGUGACAGAGAGGAGACACACUGCUCAUGGUCAGGGCUUGUAGAGGGAGGAGCGAUGGGGACUCUGUGCAGGAUCUGCUUCCCUUCUCUCCAGGACCUGCCUCGAGGUGCCCCAGGCCCCGGAAAGCUCUUGCAGAAUUGCAGCUUGGACUGGGGCAGGGCUCUCCUUGUGUGUUUUUGGAGAAGAUGGGCAGUAGAUCGCUCCAGGGGCUCUUGGGGAUGUAGGGCAGAAGAGAACAGCACUCAUUUCACAGCGGGGUGUGGAGAGAAUCAGGUGAGCCACAGGGCCAACCUCAGACACAGAAGGACCUCAGAGGGCCCAGGUCCUCAGACCCACACAGAACAGGGGCUGAGGGCACCGAGAAGCCAGCUGUCCUCCUUACACUGAGAUGGAAAGCAGAGAUGCCUCCAUCCACACUUCCUGCAGAGCGGCCCAAGCCCCAACCCCACCUCGAGCUCCUGGAUGCACUGCUAUCAAGAACAAUGAGGGGCUGAGGGGAUGGCCAGCCUAUGUUGCUGACUCCAUCAUCCUAACCCUCCUUCUGCCUUCUGGUCUCCUCGUGCCUCCUCCCAGAUCACCCUUCUCUUCCCAGCGCCCUAAAGCCUGUGGGGUGAUGUCCCAUUCUGGCUGCUCCAGGUGGGAGAUGUGCGCGUGUCUCCCUGCCAGUUACCCAGGCUUCACUCUUCGAACCUGGACCACAGUCUCUGGUGAUGUGUGUAGUGGCCACAUCAGGCAAAUAUAGUCUCACCAUUCCUAGGAGCUAAAUGGGUGUGUCUAGAAGGGGCAUCUGUUCAUCGGGGGAGAGGUGUGCACCUGUAUGUGGGGCAGGAGGGUGUGCAAGUUCCUGGAGGUGGGUUACUCCAAGGCAUGGGCAGUGCAGAGGGAGCCUCGCCUGGGCUCUUGCCUCUUUCCCAGAUGCAUCCAAUGGGUCUUGGCAAGUUUUGUUUCUCACUCUCCCUCUUCUCCAUUUCCCCUGACCCGCCAGGGACUCUCCAAAUACCUAGAACCUCUCUAGUGUGGGCAGCCCUCAGAUUUGUGAAGAGGAGAUCCCGUUCUGGCCAGGCCCUCUCCAUCUGGCCACAGCCUCUGCAGCAUAUGCCUCCAGUGCUGAGCUGCCUAGGAGCCUGCAGCAGCACUUGAGACCUUGUUCCUUCUGCCCCCUGUCCCAGGGGCUCCCUCUUGGCUGCACCCCCUGCUCCAUGCUCUCUCACACAGACACGCUGUCAGGAACACCUGUGCUGGGAAGCCUCACCUGUCCUGAGUCUGGAAAGAAGACUAGUUCUGGCUUCCAGGUUGGGGAAGGGUGACUGGAGCCCAGCCUGUGUCUUGGCCUGGCCUGGGAUCUGCAGCCCUCCAGCUGGCAUGAGUUGCGAGGGCUGGGGGAGCCAGUUAUUUGGGCUGGCAUGAGGUGGGGACACCUCAGUUCUCCUCUGCCUCCUCACCACGGCUGCCUGUCACAGGCCACGGCCCCUCCCCUUGGUUCAGCAGUGAGAGGUUUAUCUGGGAGUUUAUCUGGCUCCUGCUGUGGCCAUUGUCAUCAACACUGCUGUGCCUGCCGUCAUCAAUAACUUGUUAGUAAAACCUUCAUAGGGUUCACAGCUCAGAACUGCACAGCGUUCACAACUUAGAAUCUGUGGUGUUUCUUCAGUGCCCAUUAGAGCCUCAGGCUGUCUCUGGCUCCUAGAAAGUCAUUCUACCAUCUGUUUUGUUCACUGCUGUAUCCUCAGUGCCUAGAGCAGCAGUUGAUACAUGGUAGGUGCUCAGUAAAUAUUUGAUAAAUGAAUGGGAACCUACAUUCUAAGAGACAGAUCGUCACCCACCAACCACAAAAAAGCAUGCAAUGCUUUCAUGAUUCUUAACCCAUGUGGACUUUUUGAAGAGCUGAUAUAAACCACAGACCCUCUCCCAAGAAAAAGGCAUACACACACAUGAAAAGUUGCUUACAACAAGGUCUCUGCUUCAGCUAUGUGAUCAGCAGCCCCAGGGUUGCAGAGGCCAGCGUCUGUCCCCGCAGGCCAGCAAGGCUUGUGAAGGAGGCAAACGUGGGCUUGUGCAGAGUGGGUGGGGACCUUCUCACACAGAAGUGUAGGCAAUGCCACUUGUGCUCAGAUAAGGUUUGGGAGGAGACUGGGACAAGAUCAAGGGCAGGGGGCAGGAGGCUGGGCUAGUGCUGUGGCCCAGAUAUUGGCCAGAGGUGCAGGGAGGAUCUCAGCCAGGGAUGGGGAGGCUCCAACAAGACUGAAUCUGGGAGCCACGCAGAGCAAGAAGCCAGGGGAGGGGCCGAAGGUAACCCGGCCAGUUUAAUGUCUGCUCCUCAGGAGAGAUCUGAGUCUUUACCUCAUUCCCAACCCUUAUCUGAGAUGGCUGGAAAUAAGCUUCAGGGUCCUGAAGGUGACAGAGUUGGAGGGAUUUGUCCAGAAGAGCAAGCAUGGUUUCCCUUGAAGCUGGGUAGAAACACAGGAGCAGGGACAUCAUUCAUCAACUUGUCAGAGCUCCUCAUGAGGCAAGGGAAGAAAAAGGGGGCCACAAGUGUAGGAGAUUGGUCAGAGUGGUGGGAGAAGCUAUAGGGAAAGGAGCAGGCCUUCUGAAAGGUUGGAAGGCUCUGCAUAGCUCUGGAGGAGAAUAGCUGAAGACAGCUGUUCUAUAACCCUGAGGCAGAGGGCAAGGAGUAGGUACAAGGGAGUGUGGGGGAAUUUAUCUUAAACAGGCUUGUUUACUUCUGUUGACCAGGAACUGACCUUUGAUCAUCUACGCCCAUGACCUUCCCUGAAAGGGGAACAAUAAAUGUUAAUUACCUCCA